CGUUCUCUCUCCGUUUCAACCUGCUUAACAUCAAACCCUAGUCUUCAAACGUCCCUCUUUGCCUUCAUCUCUAUCAAUAGUUCUAUCUAUAGAUCAUUUAGAGCUUUUUGUCAAUUGUUUUUGUUGAGUGGAGGUGUGUGCGUGAGAGAGAGUGAUGCAGAUCAAGGUGAAGUGUAGUUGUGGGGAAGGAAACUGCCCAGAAUGGGCAAUUGUUGAACUGCAAGGCGUAGUUGAAGCUCAGCCUGCCGUUCAAGAUCGUCUCCAAAACCUCGAAAUCGGAGUACUUUGCCGAUCUUCUUCUCAGGGAAAUUACACUUUCACCGUUGGUUAUCAUGAAUUGACUGGAUCAAAAGUGCCCUUGAAGAAACCCAUGUUAGUAUUGAAGAAAAUCAAACUUUUAGGUGCAAAUGAGAAAACCGAAUCUGAAUCAUCGAGGGUAGAGUUGGAGGUUAUCGGAAUCAUUCGCCACCGGAUUUUGUUCAAGGCCAGACCAAAGGCGCUAAUAUCCAGUUCUCAUCCAAAUGUGAAAGAAAGAAUGGGUGCUCCAGGUUUUCUUGUGCCGAACGAAUAAUCAUGAAAUCCAUCUGUUCGUGCUUCUGGAAAAGUCGAGGGAUCGAGACAUUUGAUGUCAACUGUAUGUAUUUGGAUGCCAACAGAUCAACUGAGAGUCCAUGGGUUUUCUUGUUACUUCGGAAUCUGGCGUUGUG